AUGGAAAUUAUCUUCCUCACUCAGACAGGAUUGGGAAUCCUGGGAAACUCCUCCUUCCUUUGUUUUUCUAACCUCACUUUGCUUGUUGGACACAAGUUGAGACCUAUAGACCUGAUUUUCAACCAGCUGGUUUUAGCCAAUGACUUGGCUCUUUUCUCUAAAGGAAUUCCUCAGACAAUGGCAGCUUUUGGGUUGAAAUAUUUUCUGGAUGAUGUUGGAUGUACACUUGUCUUCUGUUUUCGCCGAGUGGUCAGGGGGGUUUCUCUCAGCACUACAGGACUCCUCAGUGUCUUCCAAGCCAUUAAGCUUUGCCCCAAUUUCCCCAGGUGGGUGAAGCUUAAAGGUAGAUCCCUAAAGUACAUUGCCUGGUGCUGUUUCCUCUGCUGGACCCUGAACCUCUUGGUAAAUGCCCACAUUUCUAUGAAAGUGACUGACCAAGUGAAGAGCAAAAACCUAAGUCUGAGAAGAUAUUAUGGAUACUGUUCUAAACUCAUGCCAAAUAGUUUUAUUCCCUCAAUAUUUGGAGUCAUACAUGUUUCCAUUGAUAUGAUACAUUUGGGCACCAUGGUCUGGGCAAGUGGCGCAGUGGUCCUUGUCCUGCACAGACACAAGCAUCGAGUCCAACAGAUUCACAGCAAUGGCCUCUCCCCCAGACCUUCCCACGAGGCCAGAGCCAUACGCACCAUCCUUGUUCUGGUGAGCAUGUUUGUCUCCUUUUACUCUCUCUCUUCCAUUUUGACUCUUUGUGUUUCUCUAAUUGUGAAUCCAGGCCAGUGGCUGGUGGACACCUCUGUGUUCAUGGCUUCCUGUUUCCCAGCAUUCAGCCCCUUUGUGCUCAUCAGCAGUGAGGCCCAUGUCUCUCAGUUCUUCUUUGCCUGCUGGACAAGGAAAACAAUUUUUCCUAACAUGGUUAAAUAGCUUUAAGUCUUUUGAGCUCUGUGGAGAAUCGACUAUUCAUUUCAUCAUUUAUUAAUAUUUAUCUGCAGCAUCCAUUCCAGGAAGUCAAACCACUACCUGCAGACAGACUAGGACAGUCCAGGAAGCCAAACAACAAUCCCUGUAGCAAUGGACCCAAA